AUGCUGCUCGGAGCGCCCAGGCUGUGCGCAUCCCGGGCGGCCGCCGCGGCGCAGAGAGAAAACGACGGCGACAGGCUGGGCGGGGACAUGGAUGAGUCGUCGCUGCUGGACCUGCUGGAGUGCUCCGUGUGCCUGGAACGCUUGGACACGACGGCCAAGGUGCUGCCCUGCCAACACACCUUCUGCCGCCGCUGCCUGGAGAGCAUCGUGAGCUCGCGUCGCGAGCUGCGCUGCCCCGAGUGCCGCAUCCUGGUGGGCUGCGGCGUGGACGAGCUGCCCGCCAACAUCCUGCUGGUGCGCCUGCUGGACGGCAUCCGCCAGCGGCCCCGCGCCGGAGCCAGCCCCGGCAGCAGUCCGCCCGCGCGUCCUGGCCCGGGCCCCAGCCCCGCUCCGGGGGCGGCCUCGGUGCUCGCGGGUGGCGGGGGUAGCUCUCCUGGCUCCCCAGUCCUCCUCCCCGCGGCGACCGGCGCCACCUCCAGCCUGCGCGAGCUGGCGACCAGCAGGAGCACGCCCCCAGCAAAGGGCCCUCCCCCACCACCUGCCGGCAAAGCCCUGCUCAACCUCGAGGGGACAGAGCCUGGGGAGCUCAGGUCCGGCGACGGGGAUGCUGUCGUCCUACAACGCCGGGGCGACGAGCUCUGGUACCACGGCCUCCUGCCUGCCGGCUUCGUCCAGGGCGUGCGGCCGCUGCCCCCAGCCCCGCCCCAGGGCAAAGCACUCUAUGAUUUCGAGAUGAAGGACAGAGACCAGGACAAAGACUGUCUGAGCUUUAGCAAGGAUGAAGUCUUGACGGUAAUCAGAAGAGUGGAUGACAACUGGGCGGAGGGCAAGCUGAGAGACAAGAUUGGGAUAUUCCCACUGCUAUAUGUGGAGCUCAAUGAUGCCGCCAAGCAGCUGAUGGAGAUGGACAAGCUGGGCCUGGCCUCGGCGUCCGGCUGCCUUGCCUCCCUACCCUCUGACGCUGGCGCAGUGGCCAGCGUGGCCCCAGGUCCCACUUCUGGCAGCACAGGGGCGGUCAGCGCCUUCCAGCGGCGUGUGGACAGCAAGAAGAACGCCAAGAAGCGGCACUCCUUCACCGCGCUCAGCGUGACGCAUAAGUCCACCCAGGCCAGCGGCCACAGGCGCUCCAUGGAGAUCAGCGCCCCUGUGCUUAUUAGCUCCAGCGACCCCCGGGCCGCGGCCAGGAUCGGGGACCUGGCGCACCUGUCCCGAAGUGCUCCCGCCCAGGACUCCUCGGCCGGAUCCACCCCAGCAACUGAACAGCAGAGCAUUGCUCCCAGAGUCCAGCUGCCUCUCAAUGUGUACCUGGCGCUCUACGCCUACAAGCCCCAGAAGAGUGACGAGCUGGAGCUGCGCAAGGGCGACACAUACCGUGUCCUGGAGAAGUGUCGGGACGGCUGGUUCAAGGGCACAGCCCUGCGCACCGGACUCUCGGGCGUGUUCCCUGGCAACUAUGUGACACCCGUCUCCAGGAUUCCUGUAGGAGGGGCUGGGCCACCCCGGAAUAAUGCAGUCGGAGGGUCUCCCCUGGCCAAAGGGAUGGCCACAACCAUGCACCCAGGUGGUGGGAGUCUGAGCAGCCCGGCCACGGCCCUGAGGCCAGCCCUUCCCCUUACCACAGCCCAGGUCCCGGCCCAGCACCAGGCCGCCUCUCCCCCACUGGGCAGUUGUCUGCGGCACACAGUCCAGCCAGCGGCCAGCCAGGCCCGGAGCGCCGGCCCCCCUGCUGCCCACCCAGCCCAGAUCCAGGGCCGGCCGACCGCUACGGUGUCGCCCCUGCGCUCUCAGAACUCCCCGUCUCGCCUGCCUGCUGGCCUCAGGCCCCCCGCCUUGGGGUCGCCUCAGCAUAGCCCCCAGCCAGUGACGCAGUGCCCCCGUCCGGCCAUCCCACUCGCCUCGGCAGCCUCAGCCGUCACCCCUCCCAACGUCAGCGCCGCCAACCUCAAUGGGGAGGCUGGAGGGGGCACCGCCGGGGGCCUGACCGCAUCCAGCCCCACCAGCGGGGGAGGCAGACCAGACGAGAGGAAAAAUGAGAAGAAAGACAGGAAGAGUGGGCUGCUGAAGCUGCUGGCCGGUGCAUCCACCAGGAGGAAGUCGCGCUCCCCACCAUCCACCUCUCCCACCCAUGACCCCCAGGCAGUGGACGCCUCGCUCCAGGGCGCGGUGGGGCCCGAAGUGUCCUUGCUGUCCAUCCACGGCAGGGCUGGGUCCUGUCCCAUCGAAGGCGAGAUGCAGGGCGCCUUGGGGAUGGAGCCACUGCACAGGAAGGCAGGCUCCUUGGAUCUGAGCUUCCCGUCACCCACCCAGCCGGCCGCGUUCUCCACAAUUGCUGUCCGCCCUGAGCCCAAGCCACUUCCCAGAGAGAGGUACCGCGUGGUGGUCUCAUACCCGCCCCAGAGCGAGGCAGAGAUCGAGCUGAAGGAGGGGGACGUGGUCUUCGUGCACAAGAAGCGUGAGGACGGCUGGUACAAGGGGACCCUGCAGAGGAACGGCCGCACUGGCCUCUUCCCCGGCAGCUUUGUGGAGAGCUUCUGAGGCCGUGCCUGCCCCCCAGGGACAGAGGUGCAGGGACCCCAGGGGAGCAGCCACCAGAGGCCCCAGUCCUUCCAGGCAGGUGGCAGGACCCACACACUGUGGGGUGGUUUGCUCCCAGGACCCUUCUUGCCCUCUACUCAUGGGGCUGACAGGGAGCACGGGCCCAGCGCGUUUGGAGGGCGUUCUCAAGGCGCCUCUGGGCUUCACUUGGGUCUGGAUUGCUCCUCACCCCAUCUAUACCUCAGGCACCACCACCGGGCCCCUUAGCAUGGUGCCCUGGCCCAGGUCAUUAUCGGCCAGGCCCCUGAGGCAGCGCUCGGCUCCUGUGGGCGAGGUGUACACAGUGCUUCUCGCCUGCUACCACUGUCCUGCUCUCGUGCUUCUUUCUUACACCUUUUUACUGCAAAGCUGUUAGACUUUAUAAAUCUCUAACAGGUCGUACACUGCCUAUUUUUCAUACAUCUGGUGCUGCCUUUUUGUAAAACUAGUCAGGACUUGGUUGAAAAGAUCUCUGGGGAGACAGCAAAUGGGCAGAACUUCUGCAGGCACCUUGUGAGCCUGGGGAGCCUGAUGUUCACAGCCUCGGUCCUCCUAGGGCUAGAGCGGCCUUGGCGUUGGCAAGAGUUUGGAAAAGCCCAUCUCUUUAGCCCUUCCAGUGGCCCUUGCCACGUCUGGAGAUGUUCUGACAGGGCCGGCAGUGAAGGAACAGGAGGGGGGACCCCAGGCCAAGAGGCCCUCCUGUGAUUGUAGAGAGGAGACCACACCCAAGGCUUCCACUGUCGAAAGGUGCGCUGGUCACCACAGUUCAGAUUUGCCACCUUGUGGAGGUUUCACCAAGUUUCCUUUCAAUAGAUAACCACUCUGUUCUCAGUGCAGACCUUGGUCUCGAGACCAGAGACACAGGGCUAACCAGGGCCAGCAGGGGGCCACAGGAGCAGAGUCAGGGGUGGCAGCCAUGCGGUGAAUGCGGGCUCUGGCUGGGAAAUGCUUGGCACUUUGCACAGUCACACACACGCACCCGUUGUUUCUGUUAGACACAGAUGUGUGUGAUUUUGGAGGAACGAACUGAUGACAAACCACGAUGCCUGUGAUUCCGAGUCUUUAAAUAAAACUGAACGUGGAGAA